AGGCUCUCGACCAACUUUUGUCAGAUAACGUGUCUAUCCGCCGCGAAAACCCCCCCUCCGACCUUCUCUUCCUUUUUCUAAAACACGAACGCGGCGACCCAAGACUGCGAAUCCCUUCUCCUGAGGCCACAGCGCAUUGCCCCUAUCCUGAGAAGGGUGCAUCGUCCUGCGAUCGAUUUCCCCGUCUAGUCUCUCUCUUCCACCGCACAUCCGCCUGCGCCAACGACCCCGACUGAAGUUCGCUCCGAACCCGCUCGCACACUGCGGCCACCAUGUCCGUCGAGAUCGAUCCGCUAGAACUUGGGUUCCGCAGGCCCUUCAAUGCCGAAAUUGCGCAGAUUCUCAGGAUCAAGAAUUCAAACUCAUCGCCUGUCGCUUUCAAGGUCAAAACGACAGCCCCUAAACAGUACUGUGUGCGGCCAAACUCGGGCCGUAUCGAACCUGGCCAUGAAGUUGAAGUGUCAAUCCUUUUGCAGGCGAUGAAGCAGGAGCCUCCUCUCGAUGCCAAGUGCCGCGACAAGUUCCUCGUGCAGUCCGUCAUCAUCACCCCCGACAAGGAGUUCACGAACGUGCAACAUAUUUGGGAUGGAAUAGAGAAGUCGGCAAUCCAAGAGAAGAAGAUUCGGGUCAGUUGGCUCCCGCCAGCCAGCGAAGCGCCGUCACAUCCCGUUGCCACUCCGGUCCGGCAGGCGGCUGCGAAUGGGUUCGAUGCUACCCCUGACACUGCGCCGCCAGCCUACUCUUCCCCGCAAGACGAGACCACCAUACUCGAGGACACCACCGCCGUUUCCCACGCCGGACACAACGAGCCCGAGUCCACCCAGGCCACCCAAGCGACAGCCUUCGCCGCCCCCGCCACCAACGUGGCCACGACCGUCAAGUCGGCCGCGGCAGAGACCUACGAGGAACUCAAGGAGCAGCUGGCCAAGGCGGAGGCGACCAUCGCCUCGCUCAAGAACGAGGUAGCCAGCGGCCUGAGGCAGCGCAAGACGGGGGCCGCCUCGGAGGACAGCAGUGCCGAAGGAGCGAAGCUGGCGCAGGCAGAGAGGCAAACGGACCAGCCGCCGCGGCCCACCGAGGGCGUGCCCGUCCAGGUCGUGGCGGUGCUCUGCCUCGUCAGCUUCCUCCUGGCGUACUUCUUCUUUUAGUGGAAGCCGCGACCCGUUUUCUUCUGCCGGGGACGCUCAUGGGCCGCCCGGCUCCGGCUUCCGUGGUGGGAAUGCUGUUAGACGCCGCUGCUGGAGACGCAGCAUCUUCGCUCUCUCUCUAACGCACACACGCCAGAUGACGUACGCACGAAAAUGUGGACGUAUGGUGGAGUUCUCCUUUGUGACAAUGGAUGGAUGGUUGGUUGAUUGGUUGGAUGGACGUAUGGAUGGAUAGACGUGGCUAAUGCGCCCCGGUGGGCUUCAAAAUGCACCAAGACCGGGAUGUGAUCAAUAUCAAUGGACAAGAGGGCACAGUUGAGGUGUCGUCCUGUGGGAGCAUAAGGGUUUGUGUUGUCAGCUCUGAAAGCCCAAUGUUUGCUUUUAUCUCUUCCUAUAUUUUUUUUUCUCCUAAGUCUCGGCUCGGCUGCAGCCUCUUUUUUCCUUUCGGUGUUCAAUCAGCUAUUUUUUUUUUGUUUGUUUAUUUAGGUGGGAAUAGGCAUAUUUCGCUGUGUUGUAGCCAUCCACUUGUCGGUAGUGGCCAGCGGAACGACGGUCUGGAUUUGCAGAUGUAUGUACAUACUUUGUGCCCUCGGCUUUGCGCCACGUGUUUCGGGGAGGCUUGAGACUGCCACCACAGCAGGGGGGAGGGGGGAGCCUUGCCCCCUCCAUUACUCCCGAGCGCUUCUUGGAACAUGGCCCGCGGACGUCGAGUCGGGUAGUAUUGGUAUAUGUACUCGUUUGUAGACCG